AGCAGCACAUGCGGCUGCCUGGCGUUGAAGGGGCUGAGCAGAUUCCUUUCCACCCGGGGCGAACUCUGCCGAGCCGACCCGUGCCACGCCCACACCACAUGCCACUCUCUCCACCCAGUUUCUGGAAAAGGGAGAGCUCUGCGAUGGAAAUCACGACACCAGGAUACGGUCCCGAUUAACUGUGUGACCUUGGGCAGGUCAUUUUAUAUUUGCAUUCAGUUAGCAACUUCCAGAAUUUUUUCUAAGAAUGAAGUUUUGACUUGCUGAACUGAUGAGGAUGUGAAGCUACCUGGCUGGUCUGGAACUCCUGGAAAAGAGCCCAUGGAAAUCUGUCAUUAAGGCCAGCAUCUGACAUGGGUAUAUAAGGCCUCUUGACGUCUGAUGCCACUGUUCUCUUCCCGACUCCUUAGUUGCUUUAGUCAGCUAACCUCGUCAUUAUUUGCUAAAUAUGCUGUGCCUGAGGAACAAUACCAUUUUUAAGCAAGCCUUUUCUCUCUUAAGGUUUAGAACUUCAGGAGAGAAGCCCAUCUAUUCUGUAGGUGGAAUUCUACUAAGUAUCAGUCGGCCCUACAAGACAAAGCCCACCCACGGCAUUGGAAAGUACAAGCACUUAAUUAAAGCAGAAGAGCCCAAGAAGAAGAAGGGAAAAGUGGAAGUGAGAGCCAUUAAUUUGGGGACAGAUUAUGAAUAUGGGGUUUUAAAUAUUCAUCUGACUGCAUAUGACAUGACCCUGGCAGAGAGUUAUGCCCAGUAUGUUCACAACCUCUGCAACUCUCUCUCCAUUAAAGUCGAGGAAAGUUAUGCGAUGCCAACCAAAACCAUAGAAGUGUUGCAGUUGCAGGACCAAGGCAGCAAAAUGUUCCUGGACUCAGUGCUUACCACCCAUGAGCGAGUGGUUCAGAUCAGCGGUUUGAGUGCUACGUUUGCAGAAAUUUUCUUGGAAAUAAUCCAAAGCAGUCUUCCUGAAGGAGUCAGACUGUCAGUGAAGGAGCACACUGAAGAAGACUUCAAGGGACGAUUCAAAGCUCGACCAGAACUGGAAGAACUGUUGGCCAAGUUGAAGUAGCUACUGUAGACCCUUUCAUGCCAGCAGUGGUCAUAUUGAGUGCCAAAGAGAAGAGCUUACUGGGUAGUUAGAGUUCAUCAGGAGACCCGACCCUUAGAUUUCAUAAGUACCCAUUCCCAUAGCCAGUAAUGUCCUCACUCCUCUGUGGCUUGGCUGUACUUGCCAUUUGUUACCACUUACCUAUGAGGUAAUGCUUGUUAUCUUCCAUCUAAUAAAAAUCUGCUGCAGAUGUGUA